AGAUUAACGCACACGUAUCUUUAGGACACGUCAGUCGUCCAGCAAAUAAUGAUAUCAAUAUUCAAGACUCAUAAAUUUGACAACCGGCUAUAACAUGAGACAUAAAACAUAUCUAUUUUAUUACCUUGCAAUUUUAUGCUUCGUGCAUAAAAUUAAAGGAAAUUUGAUCGUAAAUACGAAUUCGGGAAAGGUCGAGGGUAAAGAAGUGCCGUCUAUAUUGCAAGAUGAGAAGUACUAUACUUUCGCAGGUAUACCAUAUGCUAAACCACCCGUCGGCAGCCUCAGAUUUAUGCCUCCAGAGCCCCAUCCUGGCUGGGAAGAUGUGUUAGAAGCCAAAAAAGAAAAGAAACACUGCGCGCAAAAUAAUAUUAGAAGAAACAAAGGCUUCAGCGGAGAUGAAGACUGCUUAACUCUCAGCAUCCACACUCCCAGGCCUCCGGCGAGUGACCUCAACUUGCCCGUUAUAGUGUUCCUGUACAGCGAACAAUUUCGAACUGCCUAUAAUGGCUCCAGAGAAUACGGUCCAGACUUUUUCAUGAAAGAAGAUGUAAUUUUAAUCAAUGUUCACCACAGACUUGGUGCCCUUGGCUUCCUGUCUUUUGAGGACGAUUUACUACCCGGCAAUAAUGGAUUGAGAGACGUAAUUUUGGCAUUAAAUUGGGUAAAGGAAAAUAUUAAAUACUUCGGAGGUGACCCCAGCCGAGUCACAUUGAUGGGCAGUCAGUCUGGAGGCGUGUUAGUAGAAACCUUACUGCAUUCGCCAAAAUCAAAGGGAUUAUAUAGUGCCGCUAUUAUACAAAGUGGGACACUGUGGAACUCGAUGUAUUUCAACAACAAAGGCCGAGAAAAGGCCAUAGAAUAUUCUAAAGCGCUGAAGGAAGAGACUGCUACAAGUUCCCACUUGCUGAAACGGUUGGCUAUUAUUCCUGCUGUGAAGCUUGUGGAGGCAGAACCCUACGCCGUCCAUGCGGAUGAAGCAAGAGCUAUCCAACGUGGUGUUCCUCCUUUCGGGCCGGUCAUCGAGCACGAUCACCCUGACGCCAUAAUCACUGAGCUGCCGGACAACAAGCCACUUGAUUUAGGAGUACCCGUCAUGAUAGGGUUUAACUCUCGAGAAGGUAUGGAGAUCUCCGAACGCUAUUUGCAAAAACCUCAAUACCUCACUUUUGCUGACAGAGAUUUCCUUAUGCUAUUUCCUAUUCGAGUCGACUAUCAUUUUAAAUUAAACGAGAAUAUAUAUGGCCAUGCUGUCCAAGACAUCAAGGAUUACUAUUUCGACGAAGGUUACAUUAAAGUCAGUAAACCAGGGGAAUACGUAACUUACCUUGGAGAUAUUAUGUCAUUCUAUCCCACGGACUAUGCUGUGAGAAAAUACACAAAUACUUCGAGCAGCCCUGUUUUCUACUACAUGUUUGAUUACAGCGGAGAGCUGAAUUUAAGAAAGAAACUGAUUCUGGAAAACGCACUGAGUAUUGAUGGGGCAUGGGGCGCUACAACAGGGGAUGAACUUUGUUACUUGUUUGUAUGCAAUGGUUUAAGAAAAGCCUACACUAAGGCUUUAAAAGACGAAGAUUCAGAGGAAAUCAAGGUUUUGAAAAAUAUGGUCCGAUUGUGGACAAACUUCGCGAAAACUGGUAACCCAACCCCACCGGGCGACGAGUUCAGCUGGCAUCCCGCCUCGCAUCAGAAGAAGGAGUGUCUGGUGAUCAGCGACGAGCUGACGAUGGCCGAGCGACUCUACGACGACACCGUCAAUUUCUGGGACGACUGGAUGGCCAAGUACGGAGCUCUGGCUGUCAACGGGGUUGUGCAAGAUGUUAAGGACGAAUUACACUCUAAUCGUUUAAACCUUAAAAUGAUAUUGAGAAAUACGUUAAAUAUCGUGCUGUGUUGCUUAGGUAUUAUAAUAGUAGUUAUAGAAUCGUGUUACAGUGAAAAUAAUGUUGAUGUGAUUUUAAAACAAGGAGUGUUGUCAGGGACGUUGGAUAAAACGUUAUUCAAGAAACGAGAUUAUUAUGCGUUCAGGGGUAUACCUUAUGCAGAACCGCCAAUAGGAGCACUUAGGUUUUUGCCUCCAAAACCACAUCAAGGUUGGAAAGGCACACAUGAAAGUCACAAAAUCAAGCCAACAUGCAUGCAGUUCAACUCACGAAGCCGCAACGGCGAACCUAUUGGCCUCUCCGGCUCCGAAGACUGUCUCCACCUCAGCGUGUUCACACCCUCCCUUCAAGGCCCCACACCAGUCCUCGUCUUCGAUUACAACGACAACUUUAGAACCGGUUUCAACAGCACUGAUACGUACUCCCCUGACUUUUUCUUAGAAGAAGAUGUCAUAGUCGUGACAAUCAACCAUCGCUUGGAUAUGUUCGGCUACCUCACUACUAAUGACGAAGUUAUCCCUCCUAAUGCUGGCUUGAAAGACUUUAUCUUGGCUUUGGAAUGGAUCAAAGAGAAUAUCGAGCAAUUUGGUGGCGACCCGAACAGAGUGACGUUGAUGGGAAGCAGAGGAGGAGCUGCGUUAAUACACAUAUUGCUGUUUUCUAAAAAAGCUAAAGGCUUGUUUUCAAGUGUGAUCAUGCAAAGUGGUACAGCGUUAGAGCCUGUAUACUUUCCUAAUAAUUCUAGGAAUAAACCUUUCAUGCUUGGUGAAGAAGUUGAUAUCAAGACUGAUGAUAGUCAAACUUUACUGGAAGAACUACAAAAAAUUGAUGCCGAGGAGUUGUUUUAUAAACAAGUGAACCUUCUUGACAAUGAAGAUAUUACUGAACGGCAAAUGUCUAUUUUUCCAUUUGCACCUGUUGUUGAGAUUGAUAAUCCUGACGCCGUGCUCACGUCUCUACCAGAUAACUCCAACGUCAUCAAUGACGUGCCAAUCCUGAUUGGUUUUAAUUCUAGAGAAGGCUUAGAUUUAGCGUUCCCCUAUAUAGCCUCGCCGCGUCUUGUAGAAAUAACCCAAGACUUCUUCAUCCACUUUCCAAUAAGAUCUGGGUUUAGAUUUAAUCGCAACAGUACUGUGUUCCAAAAAAUGGAGCAAGAAAUAAAAGAAUUUUAUUUCCAAGAUGGCUACUUUCAUGUUGGGAAUAUUUUGGAAUAUGCAGUUUACAUUGGGGAUGUACUGCACAACUACGCAUUGGACUAUACGGUAGCAAAACUUGCGCAUCAAUUGUCUUCUCCGUUGUAUUACUACAUGUUCGACUUUAAUGGGUUGUUGAAUGAGAACAGCUUGCACAUAUCCAGUCGAGCCCUUAACACCGUAAAGAACUGGGGUGCCACUGUGGGCGACGAGCUCUGUUACCUGCAUGUGUGUACUAGGAUUAAGAAGAAUUACGAAUCACUCACGAAACUUGUCAGCGAGCAAGCUGAGAUAAAGCUCCUGAGGAAAAUGGUGCGAAUGUGGACCAAUUUUAUUAAAACUAGCAACCCUACGCCGGAUGAGAAAGACGACACCUUGAAUAAAAUAACAUGGACUUCAGUCAACAAGGACUCCAAAGAAAAGCAAUACUUGCACAUAACUAAAACCCCGCGGAUGAAAGCUGGUCCUCUUGGCGAACGAGCUGCCUUCUGGGACAACUUGCUCGAGAAGUAUUCUGCAAUGGCCGUCGACGGUGUUGUCACGGACCCUGAACCAACACAUGAAGAAUUAUAAAUUGAACGAGUA